AAUACUAUAUGGACACCAAUUAACCCUAACAAAAUUGGUGAUGAAUUUUACUCAUUUUUCUGAUUAAAAGAAUUGAGAGCCACUACCACUAGGAAAAGAUUAUUCAUCAAAAUUUAAUCCCUAUUUUUCUAUUUUAGGGUUUAACAGUUUCCUUGAUUCUGAUGAUGGCAGCCACAGCCAUCAACAUGGUGCUCGCUCGAUCAAUAUUCCGCCCUACGCUUCAUUCGCAGAUCUUCGUUCCUUUGUUUCGUGCGAAGUCGCAGGUUAAUGACUUCGGUAUAACACCAGCUGGUUACUCCGCUGUUAGGUGCGCCUCGACGAAAUCCGGCGGCGAGGAGAAGAAGUCGCCGGCGCGGCUGGCGGAGGUUCAGCGGCUGCUAUACCAAGCUGAGGAGCGCUAUAAAGCCGCCGGAGGUGGUGUGGAGCCCAUCCCCAAAUUAACACUUGAGCAUGUCACCAUAGGCUAUGCUAGGAGUGGUGGGCCUGGGGGACAAAAUGUCAACAAAGUGAACACUAAGGUUGAUAUGCGGUUUAAUGUAAAAAAUGCACAUUGGUUAAGUGAAAGAGUAAGGGAGAGGAUUAUGCAAAUGGAGAAGAACCGGAUCAAUAAAGAUGGGGAGAUUGUGAUUACUUCAACGAAGACUAGAACUCAACAGGGUAAUGUCGAAGAUGCUUUGGCUAAAUUACAGGUAUUCACUUACCAAAAAAAGAAAUUGCAGGCUAUUAUUGAUGCUGCUUCAUAUGUUCCGCCACCUCCUUCAGAAGAGACAGUAAAAAAGAUUGCCAAAUUGUCGGCUCUUGCAGAGCAGAAACGGCUGGACAAGAAGAAAGCACAGUCGCAUAAGAAAUUGCUACGGAGAAGCCGGGGUAGUUGGGACUAAUCUGUGCGUGUAGCUUGUUAAUGUUACUUUUACUUGCCUAAGGUUCAGUGAUUAGUGCUCUGAACGACAUUUAGUUCCUUGCCAUACUUCUGCUGUUGUUUUAUACGGCCAUCUGUUGAGCAGCAAACUGCCAUUGUCAGCACUUAAUUCCAAGUAAAUGAGUUGCUGCUGAACGAACAAGAGAACCACUCCAGUCAAGUCUCCUGAAUAUUGGAUUUUACAGUGAAAGAAAUAACACAUCUGACACAUUAGCCAUGUUAUUCUGAAUUUUACCUAGCAGGAAAGGCUAGAUAUAUUUGAUUUGUUAAGAUUUGGCGCCUUUUCUCUGUUGGUUGAAAAAUUGCCUUAUUUUCUCAACACAUUCUUUUUCCCUCCAGAGCUAUUGUCCUUCAAUAAUCUUGUUUUGGGCUGCGCAUGUUGGCUUAUGACUUUUGUAGUCAUUGAAUUCUGGUGCAAUAUAGCCGAGUCAUUUGAUCGUU